AUGUCUUCUUCAAAUAACCAUAACAACAGUGAAAUGAACCUUGAUCAAACAUCUUCUCAAGCAUCGUCAUCACAGUCCUCUUCAUCAUCCUCGCUGAUCCGAUCAACCCUACUAGAAUAUCUCACUGAUCCGCAAUUAUCACAGAAUUCAGAAUUGAAAACCAGAUUGCGACAGGGUAAGCCUCAAGCUCUUCUUGUCUUGUUGCUUCAUUUCCUCAUGUUGAAGCAUGGUUUUCGAUGUGUGGGCUUGCUGGAAACUGAUCCGAACACUGAAUUGCCAGAAGGACAUAUUUUACCUCCUGAAGGUUUUGAUCACAAUCCUGAAAUGUUCUCUCUCAAAUAUAAACAUGCCCAGAGAACAUUUACCUUCUCUUUGAAAGUAUUGAUGAUGGGGCCAUCUAAAUUAUUGAUUUUUGCAACAACGUUAUUGUUCCCAAAUUUAGACAUUACUGAUAACAGCAAUAUUAAUAUGAGUCAAUAUGCAAAACAACAAGAACAGGAAGAAGUUUAUCAAUUGGAAUUGAAUAACUUGUUUGAUUUUAUUGAUAGAGAGAAGUUAUCAACUAGUACUGACAAUGAUUUGGACUUUGUAUCAAUUUACAAGAAUUUGCAAGAUUUAGAAUUUAGAUUCAAGACAGCCAUUCAAAACAAGUUAGUUCCAAAGGAAGGAUAUGAAAGUGGUAGUAGUAGCAGUGCCACUAGCAGCAGCUCUCAACCAUCCUCCACCAUUUCUGUUGAAAGACCUAGUGUAGGAGGUACAUAUCCAAGAUCACUUCUUGAGGAUGAUUAUGACGAUAUUGGACAUGAUCCUCUUCGAAUUGGUCCUCCAGUUCGUUCUGGAUAUGUCCAACCGCCUCUUGGUCACCCUUAUCGUGUUGGAGAUCAAGAUCUGUACCCAGAUCUUGGAGGGCUUCCACAACCUUUUCCAAGAGGAGGUGGCCUUCCUUUCGGUGGUGGAAUUGGAGGAGGUGGCAGUAUGGUAGGUCCCAAUAAUCCAAUGUUUGGAGGACGUGGUGGUAAUAGACCAUUGAUGCCUGGUGCUGGUAAUCCGUUUGUACCACCAGGUGCGAGAUUUGACCCUAUCUAUCCAAAUGCACCACUUGGUGGUGGAGGUAGAGGGACUGGAGGAGUAGGGGGUGGAGGUAGAGGAAGCGGAAACGUUGGAGGAGAACCAAAUCCAGACCAUCAUCGACCUCCAAGGGAUUUAGACGAUGAUGAUUUUCAUUCCCACUUUUACAUGUAA